UGCAUCUGCAUUACAGUGCAUUGGUUUUCAAGAAACUCACGGGGAAUUUAUGUAAAAAAUGCAAAUUUGUAGCAUCUUUUUAAUAGUUUUAUUUUGAACUUUAUUUGGAAGCCUCACGUUUGAUUGUGCUUCCCUUUACACAGGAAGUCUGAUUACUAACAUUUUAGUGGAGAUGUUUACCUGCUAAUUUGAUGGUGUGAAUAUUUUCUUGAGGACUAGCAGCUGUGCGCCGUCUCUGUUAGGGGCGCGGCCUCCCUGUGGCUCCCUGUGGCUCCCUGCUGGUUUAGUGUGGUGUGUGUGUGGCUGUAAAGGGAGGACGGAGCGCUCCAUCCGAACACAGCGGCGGAGAUGGCGGACCCGGCGCCGACUACGAUCAAGGUGGUGUGCCGUUUCAGGCCUCUAAACAGCUCGGAACUGGCGCGGGGAGACCAGUACAUCCCGAAGUUUAAGGGGGAGGACUGUGUGCUGAUGGCGGGUAAACCGUACUACUUCGACCGUGUAUUCCAGUCCAACACAACUCAGGUGCAGUUCUACAAUGCUGUGGCUCAGCAGAUUGUCAAAGAUGUUCUGGAGGGAUACAACGGGACGAUAUUUGCCUAUGGGCAGACGUCCUCUGGCAAAACACACACAAUGGAGGGGAAACUCCAUGAUGAAGAUAUGAUGGGAAUCAUUCCCCGAAUUGUUCAAGACAUCUUCAACUACAUUUACUCCAUGGAUGAGAACCUGGAGUUUCAUAUCAAAGUUUCAUACUUUGAAAUUUAUUUGGACAAAAUCAGGGACCUGUUGGAUGUUACGAAGACCAACCUUUCUGUACAUGAGGAUAAAAACAGGGUGCCCUUUGUGAAGGGGUGUACUGAGCGUUUUGUGUGCAGUCCUCAGGAGGUCAUGGACGCCAUAGACGAAGGCAAAAACAACAGAAGCGUGGCUGUCACAAACAUGAACGAGCACAGUUCCAGAAGUCACAGCAUCUUCCUCAUCAACAUCAAGCAGGAAAACACUCAGACCGAGCAGAAACUCACUGGCAAACUUUACCUCGUCGAUCUGGCUGGGAGUGAAAAAGUGGGUAAGACUGGAGCAGAGGGCACAGUGCUGGACGAAGCCAAGAUGAUCAACAAGUCCCUGUCUUCACUGGGAAUCGUCAUCUCAGCUCUGGCAGAGGGCUCGUCUUAUAUUCCCUACAGAGACAGUAAGAUGACCAGGAUCCUGCAGGACUCCUUAGGAGGGAACUGUCGGACCACCAUGGUCAUCUGCUGCUCCCCCUCCGCUUACAAUGAUGCAGAGACCAAGACUACACUGCAGUUUGGACAAAGGGCAAAGACCAUCAAGAACAAUGUGAGCCUGAAUGUGGAGCUGACCGCAGAGCAGUGGAAGAGCAAGUGGGAGAAAGAGAAGGAGAAGAACAAGACUCUGAAGAACACUGUCACCUGGCUGGAGACCGAGCUGAACCGCUGGAGGGGCGGAGAGAGUGUGCCGGUGGACGAACAGUUUGAUAAAGAGAAGGCCAAAGCAGAGGUCCAGGCCCUGGACACUGCAACCAACAACGAUAAGACGGCACCCACGCCUGCCCUCAGCACCCUGCCGGGGGUCAAACUCACCGACGCUGAGAAAGGGAAGUGCGAGGCAGAGAUGGCCAAACUCUACAAACAGCUGGAUGACAAGGAUGAGGAGAUCAACCAGCAGUCUCAGUUGGUGGAGAAGCUGAAUGAACAGAUGUUGGACCAGGAGGAGCUCUUAGCUUCCUCCCGCCGUGACCACGACACCCUGCAGAAGGAGCUAAACCGGCUGCUGGCAGAGAACGAAGCCUCUAAGGAGGAGGUGAAGGAGGUGCUGCAGGCCCUGGAGGAGCUGGCCGUCAACUACGAUCAGAAGAGUCAGGAAGUUGAGAUCAAAUCGCAAGAGUUUGAGGCCCUCAGUGAGGAGCUGAACGAGAAAUCGAGCUCCUUGGCCUCCAUUGACUCUGAACUGCAGAAACUGAAGGAGAUGACAAUCCACCAGAAGAAGAGGUUCACUGAGAUGAUGUCAUCAUUGCUAAAAGACCUGGCUGAGAUAGGCAUCGCCGUGGGAAGCAACGACAUUAAGCAACAGGAGAGCACCGGUCUCAUUGAUGAAGAGUUCACUGUGGCGCGUCUCUACAUCAGCAAGAUGAAGUCGGAGGUGAAGACGAUGGUGAAGCGCAGCAAACUGCUGGAGAGCUCCAAGGCCGAGAACACCCAGAAGAUGGAGGAGACGGAGAGCGAGCUGACUGCCUGCCAGCUCCGUAUCUCCCAGUAUGAAGCGAAAAUCAAGUCACUGACGGACUGCCUGCAGAACGUGGAGCAGAAGAAGAGACAGCUGGAGGAAAAUGUGGACUGUCUCAAUGAGGAAAUCGUCAGGAUCAGAGCCCAAGAGAAAGUUAACACCAUGGAGAAGGAGAAUGAGAUCCAGUCGGCCAAUGAAGUCAAGGACGCUGUGGAGAAGCAGAUCCAGUCUCACAGGGAGGCCCAUCAGAGGCAGAUCGGCAACCUGAGAGACGAGCUGGAUACCAAGGAGAAACUCAUCACGGAGCUGCAGGACCUGAACCAGAAGGUCAUGCUGGAGCAGGAGAGGCUGAGGGUGGAGCACGAGAAGCUCAAAGCUGCUGACCAGGACAAGAGCCGCCAGAUUCUAGACCUCACGGCACUGCAGGACAGACAGGAGCAGGCCAGACAGGACCUGAAGGGACUUGAAGAGACUGUGGCCCGGGAGCUGCAGACACUCCACAACCUGAGGAGGCUUUUCGUCCAAGACUUGUCCUCUAGAGUCAAAAAGAACGCUCAGAUGGACGAGGAAUCAGAAGUUAGUGCUGCCCAGAAACGGAAGAUCUCCUUCCUGGAGAACAACCUGGAGCAGCUAACCAAAGUCCACAAGCAGCUGGUGCGGGACAACGCCGAUCUUCGCUGUGAGAUUCCAAAAAUGGAGAAGCGCCUGCGAGCCACGGCUGAGCGGGUCAAAGCCCUGGAGACUGCUCUGAAGGAGGCCAAAGAGAACGCAGCCCGCGACCGGAAGCAGUACCAGCAGGAGAUGGAGCGCAUUAAGGACGCCAACAAGCCCAAAAACAUGGGCAGGAGAGCCUCAGCAGUGAUAGCCAAGCCCAUCAGACCAGGCCAGCUGCCGGGCGCCCCCAUAAACUUCAGCGUCAACAGGUCCAACCUCAUCGAGAAUAACCAGCCUGCUGGCAUCAAAGGCGGAGGCAACAACAGGCUAGAGAAGAAUAGAUCAUGUCUCAUGAUUACUCAGCUCUGAUUAGCACCCUGACAUGUUUAAGACAGCCGAUAUCAUUUUCCUCAGUGAUUAGCUGUACACCUUGUGUUUCUUUCUUCCAGAUUUGACAUCCAACCUCUUUUCCUCUGUUCUCCCCUACAGCUCCUGAGGACGCUGAGAGACCCUCCCCCCAACAUGAAGCCAAAGACCAAAACACUGAGCUUCAUCUGGAAUCACUGCAUUAUUCUUCCAACAAGUGUAUACACAUAUGGCCUGAACUUUGUAGCUACGCCUUCAAGCCUCUGGCUGUACAAGCGACUAAAAUGCGUUAGUUAUGAAGACACUCCUGUGCUGCUGUACAGGUGAUAUUGUAAAGAGGACGGUCUACACCUGCUCUGUAUGAAAAAACAUCUUUGUUUUGAGUAUUUAUCUGGGAUUCCUUCAGUUUUAGCAGAUUGUGGCUUGUGAAUUGGCUGAUUGGGACAAAAUAUAAUCUCCCUCUUAGCGACACUGUGAUGUGCAGAUGAUUGUAAUGCUACUGAGCAGUGUAUUUACCACAUCUUGGUGGGUAAAAACGAUGCUGUAGUUUUUUUUGGUUUUUUUUGUUAAGCAAAUAAGAGCUGAGAGAAGCAAUAACUUCUGAUUCUCUGCAUAUGUUUGUUCUGUAUUGUUUUUACUCAUUUUUUUUUUUUCUGUGUCUGCAACAAUUUCAAAAAGCCACUAACUCAUCAGCUUCUCAAAUGUUAUUCGACACUGGAACAGCACUGGCGUCUUUGGCUCAGGGCAGGAACGGCACAGGGAGGAGGAAGAUACAAGUGUUAUUUUUGCCUGAUGCUGCAGGCGAGAGUUAGAGUUCACUUAUGUUUACUUUAUUUGGUAAAACACCAGUUAAGUUUUAUUUUUAAUAUAUUCAGCCUGAGAUGGAAAUGCUUGAAUUUAUAGUAGUAAAGUGGAUGAUUCGUGUUGACUCUGUCAGCUCUGUCGUAUCCAUAUUAGCACUUCUGACUUCCUGUAUUCAAGGGCAAUGACCUCUUAUUAUUGUACAGAAUAUAAAGUCACAACAGUUUUAGAUGUUUUGCUGAAACAAACCUUUUCAAAUGCUUAUUAUGCUUCACCACUGAAAGUAUUAAUGAUGGCUUAAUGUUGGGAAGUCAUUGAAACGACUGUGUAAGUGCCUGUGCAGUUUGUCCAGGUUACAACAGCAUGUGUGUACAUAUGUUUCCAACGCCUACAGCGCUGCACUCUGUUUCCACAAGUUUUCUGCUGCCUCGGUUCUCAAUUUUUAAUUCUAGACAUAAUAAAUUGAAACUUGAAACCUU